AUGACUUUGAUGGGACUCGUACACUCUGGCAGCCGUAAACGAGCGGGCAGCCGAGCCUCCGCAGACGACGGCAGCAGAUCUGACCCCGACGAUGACACGCAAAUCAUGGAGCCCGAUCAGGGCAAUGUCCUGUCGCACAUCAUUUCCCAGCUGCGCCCUGGUGCCGACCUGAGCCGCGUCGUCCUUCCUACCUUUAUUCUUGAGCCGCGCAGUAUGCUCGAGAGAAUAACAAACUUCAUGUGCCACCCGGAAAUGCUCCUGCACAUCCCCACCAUAGACGAUGACGUCGAGCGCUUCGUUUCCGUGGUCAAGUUUUACCUUAGCGGUUGGCACAUUCGACCUCCCGGUGUCAAGAAGCCCCUCAACCCUAUCCUCGGCGAAAUCUUCUCCUGCUACUGGGACCUGCCCGACAACAAGAAGGCCUACUACAUCUCGGAGCAGACCUCGCACCACCCGCCCAAGUCGAGCUACUUUUACAUGGCGCCCGAGCACCACAUCCGCAUUGACGGCACCCUCAAGCCCCGCAGCAAGUUUCUCGGCAACUCAGCCGCCAGCAUGAUGGAGGGUGUUGCCUUUUUGAGCCUGCUCAACAGAGGCAAGGACAAGACCAAGGGCGAGAGAUACAUUGUUACGCAGCCCAACAUGUAUGCCCGCGGCAUCCUCUUUGGCAAGAUGAAGUACGAGCUCGGAGACCACAGCUUCGUUCGCUGCCCCGAACUCGACCUGACGGCCGAUCUCGACUUCAAGACCAAGGGCUGGGUCAGCGGCACCUACAAUGCCGUCGGCGGCGUCAUCAAGCGCGAGAGCACAGGCGAGGUGCUUUACGAGAUCUCCGGCAUGUGGCAUGAAGAAAUGUUCCUCAAAAAUCUUGCCACUGGCCAACGCGAAAUGUUCUUUGACGCCACACGCGCCAAGCCCAGCGACCCCCAAGCCCGACCGAUUCCCGAGCAAGAAGAGCGCGAAUCCCAAAGACUGUGGGAGGCCACGGCCAGGGCUGUCAAGGAGCGCAACCACGAGCUGGCCACGGACGAAAAGACCAAGAUUGAAGACCGCCAGCGCGAGGAGGCUGCCGCUCGCGCCCAAGAAAACAAGGACUGGCACCCGCGACUGUUCCGCGCCGUCAAGCCCUCUGCCGAAGACUCUGAGCAAGGCGAAGAGGGUCUGGAAUGGAUCAUUGACGCCCACAUUGAUGGUUCGGCCUCGCCCGAGGAACAAACACAGCAGGUUCUCGCCAUAUAUCCCGUCCUGCCCGGACAAAAAGCUGGAGAGGUAGCAGCCCUUCCUUCCAACGACGUGGCGCCGCCCCCGAGCGCCACUCAGCCGGUCGCCCAACCCCCCGCGCAGCCCGGCGCUCAACCCUCGGCUGGAAACGACCUGAUUGAUUUCGGCGGCAACGACGCGGCAGCGCAACCGCCCGCUCAGACGCCCGCUCAACCGCCUGCGCAACCCGCUCAACCACCAGUCAAACCGGCUGAUGACGUCGAGAACAUGCUAAAGCAGACGGGAAAGCCCGGCGAGGGAUCGCUGAUUGAUCUGUAA